AUGUACCACUCUUGCAUAUACACUUAUUUCCCAUCAUAAUCCGAUUCAUUUCAGCUGAACAAGUAAUGCAAUUGUCUGAAUUCUUAUCAUAACAAUUUUUGCAAGUAAAAUGGCAUUCUCAUAAUGAUUCAAAUAUUACUUUAGCAUUAAAGUUACCCCACUUCAUAAUAUCCAGUUGGACAUUCACAUUUUGAAAAUACAAAUACUCUAUAAUCCAAAUUGCAAGUCAGACAAUUAGAUUAAUCAUAUCCAUUACAAGUCUGGCAUGAAUAAUGACAUUAACCACAAAGUAAACUUUAGCCAUCAUCAAAAGUAUGAGAAUCUGAACAUAAACACUUAAAAGUAGAUCCUGUUCCAUCAGCUACUCUUGUUGCAGGACAUUGGAUGCA